GCGAUUUACCACAUUCGGACAGCGGCGCUACUAGGAACUCAGGGCCGAGAUGCAGUUUUUUUUACACAGUGUUUCAGAAACAUCCCCUACUUUUUUUGUAUCAUUUCGCGUAUCACUCAUUCAAACGAAGUAGUAUGAAUCCGUAUUUAAGGAGACUACAAAUGCAAUAUCGAAGACAUUUUCAAGAGACAGAACCAAUGCAAUUUUAAAUUUAUCGUUUAAUAAAAAUGUAAUGCCAAAGAAUGUGAUAUACUGUACAGAUAUUGUUCGCAAAAAAGAACAACUGUACAUUAGAUCCACGGGAAUUGUGCCUGAAAAAAUGGAACAAUCGUUGAACAAGGGUGAGAAAAAAAAACGAGCGGAAGAGGUGCGCUCGGAAAAUUCGAAAGCGGCGGCAGUGACUAUGAGAAAGGUCGAAAGACGGGAGGCGUGGCCUCGAAUAAUCAGCUCAGGGUAGUCCAGUGUCCUUGCGCAUAUCCAGUGGCUAUACGUUACACAUGUACGGCAGCUCACGUGUGUAUCGUAUAUACGUAGAAGAGAAGAAGUUUCGAGCGUUAUCAAUCACUCUCGUCGCUGGACCGAAAGGUGCAUCCGAGUCUCGGCGUGUCGUCGACAGGUAGAACAAGCCAGUCUCUCCGUGGAUCGAGGGAUCACGGCGAUGCCCGCGAACAAAGGGAACCUGUCGUCGCCUCACAAAGAAAAGCCUGGAAACGGUUUGACGAACGCUGCCUCCAAGAAGAAGAAACGCUGCACCGUAAAGCAUAAAAAACAUUGCAAGCAAUAUCUGCAGCUCCAUUCAGAGUAUAGGAGCACGUACACAUGGCACGAGUACACUGGGCCGCACCAGGAGCAUACGGUUGUUCGCCGAGCGCCGCAACCGCCGCCGACCUCGACGACGCAAGCGAGCGCGAAGCUACAAUCGGCCAAGUCGACCGAGGAUGAGAACACCGAAGGGCCAACUUUGGAACCGCCGUUGCCCAGACGGAAGAAAUGCCCGGAGCUCGCGUACAAGACGCACGAGUUCAUCACGGCGGCCGACGGGGGCGGCAUCGACGUCGUCGAUUCGAACGUCGUAGCUGACAAAGUUCGGGAAGUUACAGCGCAGUCGAGCUUGCCGCCUAGUCAGCUGAGCAAAGCGAUAUCACGGAUCAGCACCGAGUAUCGGUUGCAGUUCGCCUGGCCUAGACGACCCCAGCUGACGAACGGGGAGAUCGUUGCACCGGGAGUCACUGCCGCGGGGGUGCCCGCUGGAACGACAGGACCGCCCAGGAAGUCGCUCAGCAUGGGGGCGUUGAAACAGGGAAUCGCGCCCACGGGGCCUGCGCCGGUUCACAAGAAGCGACCGGGCGACGUCGAUCACAAGCGCGAUGGGGUGCAGGCGUCGGAGCUGGAGCCCCUGGUCGGCGGCACCGGGAUGGACAUAAUCGACGGCGUGGUGCCCGAGGGCGACGAGCGCGAGGAGGACAUGUCGGACUUGAAAAUAGCUUUCAGGGGUAAAAAAUCGGGUAGAACCGUAAGGAUAGCGGACGAUAAAGCCGGGCCGGGCAAACCGCAAGAAAAACCGUUCCCCACCGCAGAGGUGAUCGAGCUUAGGCGACUCGCUGACGAGUACAAGCAUCGCGACUGGGGUUGCGGCCUGGCAGCCGAGGACGAAGCUUCGCUGUGGAAACGGGUCUCCAGUAACCACGCUCUCAACGCGCUGUCCCUCGCCAGGUCGGUGACGAAGGAGGAGAAGGAAAAGGAGAACACGAGGAAGGUCGCGCCGGUUUCCACGGCGAUGACCAUGCCUCCAGCGGGUCGGCCGUCGUCGGUGCAGGCCAGGCCUAUGCACGGGAUAUUGCAGGACGAUUCGAAAGCGGACACCGAAAGAGCCAUCGCUCGCGCAAGAAAAGAUUUCUUGAUCCGCCAUCAUCUGGAUCGUACCACCGGUGUGGGAGACGGCGCACUGCUUCCCUCUCCUACGAGAGAGAAGCUGGAGCCCGUGAUACCGCGGCGCCGCGAGGACACGAAGGAGCAUCGAGAGGAGGUCCAGCCUAAAACGAAGUCCAGCCCGAAGAACAGCCCGAGGACCGGCCGCUCGCAGAGCCUCGGUCCGAGCGUGACCGAGCGCAGAUCGCCGAAACGUCAGCCUCCGCGUGCUCCGUCCGUCACUAAAGAUGCGAAGGAGAAAGAGAAAGAGCCGAAGGAUAAAGAGAAGGAUCAAAGGGAGAAGAGCGGUGAGCCCGAAAGGCAUCCACGACCGAUCACGGGCCCCGGCCGCGUGCGUUGGAGCAUACGGGAACCCUCGACGAUUUCCUCGACGGGUCCGUCGACCAGCGUGCCGCCAUUACCGCCACCACCCUCGGGCCCAGGGCCUACUCCGUUCCACAGGAGGCCCCCGCAGGUCCAUCGGAAAUGUACGUUCUCUGUGCCACGUGCCAGCUGCCCGCUACCACCUGCGUCGAGCGCUGCCGCUGCGGCCAGGCCGGACCGUGUUAAAGAUAUAAGCCGGUGCCAAGGUCCGAACGAAGCUCAGGCAAAAACGGCCCGCGACGAACCAGCUGCGGCUGCGGCCGCAGCCGCCGCCGCCGAUCCAUCCAAAUCAUCCUCCGAUAGUCGAUACGCGUCAAACCAAGCCGCUACUACCGCCGUACAACCUAAACCCCUGACGCGUCCGCAUAGCGAGGCAAAGUCAUGGGCACCGUCUUCCCUCCCCUCAGCGCCGCAGUCAGCCCCGCCGGAGCUCGCGGCGCAGCACAAGUCGCUGCACUCCCAGCACUCCGGGUACAAGUCGCCGGAAAGCGAGAGCAUCUCCAUCGGCAGCUUCACCGGUUUGAACGGCCACAAGGACAUGGACUCGGAACGGGACAGUCCGUUCCCCACGAGCGCGCGGGGCACCAGCACACCUCCGCAGGCUGAAAAGGAGCCAGGCGGAGCAGACGAUUCGAAGUCGGAGUCAAGGGCGGAUCCAUCGAUAAAGCCAGUGGCGGGUACGAAUCUGCGUUGCUUGGAGGAUCCUGGCUACGAGUACGAGAGAAAGAAGGACGCGACCCAGGCGACGACGACCGCGACGAUGACGACACCCUCGUCGUCGACGGCCCCCUCGCAACCGGCCGGCUACCGCAUCCUAGAAGCGGAAUCUCCUCAGUCAGCGACCGGCACCGGAACAAGCGGAACCAGCGGCGGCGGUGGUGGCCCAAUGGCGAGCACCGGCGGCUACCACGUUCUCGAAGCACCCACAGUAGUCCCGGGCUCGGCGCAGCGUUCCGCGGCGAGCGAGGUGCUGGAGAAGGCGCGAAACCGCUUCGACAAGUUCUGGGGGAAAGGCAGCGGAUCCGAGAACUAGAGCGGCAGCUCGCGCGGGGAAACUAGCAGUGACGUCCUCGAGAGACCGUAGCGCCGGGAAUGGAGAUUAGAGGGAAAGGAUGAAAGCGAGAGAAAGUAGAUCGAUAGAGGAAGGAAGAGACGAACGUAGGAACGGGUGAAGAAUAAUACGAGGGAAGAUGAAGAAUCCGAGGUUCCUGUGCAAGCUCCUUUCGUGGUUCGUCUGCUCGUCCCUGAUCCGGUGGAAUUUUCUGUAUUCUCCCGUCGGGGACGAGAUUCUCGCUGGCUUCUCUCCUCCCCGUCCUUGCCCUGCGUCGCGUCCGUCGUUCUUCGAGGCAACGUGUGAUCAAACAGGAGCAACGAGGUUUCAGCGUUCCGGAGAAAGUAAAGCGCGCGAAGAGGAAGACGAAGAGGAUCGUUGAAGCGACGAAGAAGCAUCUGUCGCUCGCGGAUAAGUUGUUGAAAGAGAACGGAAUGGAGAUAGAAAGAGAAAGAGAGAGAGAGAGCUUCUAGGGCCGCUUCGAUGCGCUUUUCAAUGGAUUAUCACUUCCGGCCGAAAGAGAGGAGAAUGAAGGUCUAGAGGAUUGAGAUUAUUCCAUCGACGUGUAGGUGGAGGAGGACGGAGACACGUGGUGCGUGGCAGGCGACGCAGGGUCACCUCUCGAAGAGGUGCAGCUUUGAACAGAGCAUUUAGAUGAAAGUUGCUGGAGGAACGUCGUUCGUAGAGUAAACGUGAUUGGACGUGUAUCUUUCGGGAAUGGCUAAUUGGUCAGAGUAAUUGAAAACGCCCGUUCCGCGCAUUCCUCGGAUGGUCACACGUGAAUAAUGAAACGAAGAAAGUUAUCGAAUCCGAUGAAGCUGAAAGUUUUUCGCGAGAGCGAAGGAGGCACGAGGAAAGUCUUGUCGCUGCGACGCGUGGGUAGAACAAGGAUACCGGUCCACUGUACACGGAGGAAUUGCCACGCAGGGAGGGGAAGACGGAGAAACAGGCAGGCAAGCAAAGAAACGGAGAAGGGAGACACGUAGAAGAGGGACGCCAUGCGAUAAAUACAUAGAGAGGAAAAUGAGACACGCACCUAGACGAACACACGCGAGUCAGUAACGUUUCUAGGAUAUUCAAAUGAUCUCGAGGGAUCCGCCGUAGUUAAGCCCGAAUUCUUUUUCCAUUGAUUAAAAAAAGAAAAUAAAAAAGAAAAACGAGACGAAGGAGGGAAACGAGGGGAAAAACAAGUGUCGAGGAAGAUCGGUGAGAAAGAGAGGGAGAGCGUGAUAGAGAGCGAGAGUCUGCGUAAGUGUGCGCAUGUAUGCGUGUGCGUGUGCGUGUGUGCGAGGGAGGAGGCAGAGAUGAAUUAGAGGACACCGCGAAGCAGAGCGCGUCGAAUCGCGCGGAAACAAGGUACGGCUUGUAUGCUAUAAAUACGAAAAGGUAAAAUAAAAUAGGGAAGGAUGAAAAAUAGCCUUCAGCCGCUUCGUGCGUUUUAUAUAAGUCUAUAUUACGGAAAACAAUUAUACACUGUGUACACCGUAUGUACGUAAUACGUUAUCGGUAUCGCACUCGCGGGUUUACGCGGAGCGACGCCGUCGACGGUCCCGCGAUCGGUGCUGACGGGACAAUCGCCGGGUGAAAAAUGUAGAUUAGAAAGGGACAUCGCGGGGAUACGAUGGAAAGGAAGACGCAGAGACGAGGCGGCUUCGCGGGAUCGUCGACGGCACCGCGAGGAGAUUCGUUUCUUUCGAUGUUCGCCGGUACAGGGACUGAAAAUCGUUCCUUUUCCGGGCCUCGAACAUUCCCGGAGAUCGAGGGAUGCUUAACCCCUUCUUCUGUAGUAUCGAGUUAGACUCUUGAUGAAAAUUCUCAAUUGAACUCGACAAGAUUAAAUGUUAUUUGUAUAGUUUUUAUGUAAAUGAAAUGUUUACUUGUCUGUUAUCGAUCUUUAACCUUUGGAGUAUACGUGGAUAGAGCAAGCAUCAAAUUCUUUCCUUUUUCUACGAAAUUGUUAACGAUAGAGUAGUUCUAUUAAGGAUAGUUGCGAAGGAAAUAUUAGGAUAAGGGGUUAAGAUACCACGAAGACGCCUAGUUUCGAGGGAGCGAGAGAAAAGUGAAGGAAUCGCCGCGUUUCAUUACAUUUUGUUACGCGAGAACGUUAAAAUGAGUUGGGUUACGAAGUAACGAAGAACUGAUUUCUUUUUAGGGGAAUUGUUUGAAUUAUUAUCUUGGGGUAUUUCAUGUGAGAGGGAUGCAUUAUAUUUUUUAAUAGUUUUUAAUCUUGUUAGAAUCUUUCAAAGCUCGGUGUCUUCUGAAUUCGAAUGAACUCGAUCGGUAUUUGAAUUUUUACGUUUCGCUUAUUCAAUGUUGAAUAAUAUUCUCAAACACUUCCUCCACUUCGUCAUCGAUGAGUAAUCAAUGAACAAUCAUUCGGCGUUAGUUUCACUACUCUCAGCAAAAGUAGCCACGCCUGAUCAAAAGAAACAAUAUUCUCGAUGCGCAGCGAUCGCGUUAAUUAUUCGUGUAUCUCGGGAAUGUUCAUGAGGCGUCGGUAUUUUUCCUCGAACAAACCGGCGGACCGGAACACCAGCCGUGGCAGCAGCAAAGCGGAACGAAUUACUGUAGUGAGGCGUAGUGUUUGGUUUUUUCACAACGUGACGUGAUCGUAGGCCGCGAAGGAACCGACACGGGAACCGGAAGCGGAAAAAACCGGGAUAACGAUCGAUCCGCCUCCCUUCGGCUGUUACGGCCGAGCUGGAAAGCGGAAAUGUACGACAACGAACGCGACGCGAUCAACGACCGGAACUGGUGCUAGUCUGCGACGGAAGUCUCGCACAGAGGAUGACGAAAGAGUCGUUCGCGUGCUGUCGAGGAAGUGGGGAUUGAAAUUGUUAGAAGGAAACGCGGCGAAGCGACCCGAAAGUCGUCGUGUGCUUAGAUCCUUAAUGAAUCGCGGGGCCGCGUGAAUUAUUAGACUCGAGUUAUUGAACCGUGGAAAGUAUUAAAUUUUGAUGUUCUAAAAUCUUCAAAUUAUCAACUGUUGGACCGUGAAAUCUGUUAAUUUUGUUCAAAGUUUUUACUAGUACUAUUUAUGUAUUUACUAUGUCGCAACAGUCCGCGCUAUCCGCGUUAAUAUACGUAAAAUUAAUUCGCGUUUCUUCGUUAGAAUUUGUCCGAAUUCCGGCUAAGCAAUGUCAACAUUCAAUCGUUGCGACACGUACGGUGACUAUCGAGUUUGAAAGUCUAAUAAUUCACGCUACUCCGUAUAAUGGUCGUUGAUAGGAGCAUGCGAAAAGAUGGCGGGAGCGCCGAGUCGCUGCUCUCCGGCCGACAAAAUGGCGGCGCUCACCGGCCCGAUCGUAGCGCCAGCGGAGGAGGCGGACGCGAAACAAAAAAGAAAGAACAAAAGAAGAUAAAGAAGAAGAGUUAUGGAGAUCCUUGGCGAGGACCUUGGACACAGGAGGCCGUUGUUCCUGGCAGAGGACGGGAAAGAAGAGAACGUUGACGAAAGAACCGAGGCCGACGGAGCUUUUUCUCUCUUUCACGCGCGCAUUUUUGGUACACACCGGUACACCACACUCCAUCCAGAUCCACGUCCAAGAGUCAACCAACCGUAGUGAAGCAGUUAUUAACGAUAACGAUUAACGAUAAAACGAUAAAACGAUAA